AUGUCCUUUUCGGAUAAUUUCCCCUUACCUUAUAGAGUUCUCAUAAUUCUUACCGCCGGACUUUGGGCUUGGGGUACUAAUCUACAAAUACUUUCAUGGGCAUCUAUAGACGCACAUGCUCUCUUAACCGGUGAUAAAAAAAAAUAUCCUCAUUAUAAACCAGUUUAUAAAUGUUUACAAAAGGUAGCGCUUUCUGGGCUCGAUUCAGAAGUAUAUCUUUGUGACAAAAUAUUGGCUGAUAUAAUGACAAGUUAUGCAAAAGUAUUUGGUGAUUUGUAUGUGACUAUGUGUAUGUUAUUUAUUUAUGGAAUCAAAGAAAGCUCUAGAGAUAAAUGUUAUGCUAAUGUGAUCGCUCCUUUAUUCACAAGCUUUCCGUACUUUAUUCGAUUAAAACAGUGUAUUGUAGAGUACCUAUAUUCCAAAGAAUCUAAAAAAGCAAACCGAGAACAUUUAUUUAAUGCCCUCAAGUAUUGUUCCGCUUUUCCUGUAAUAUUGUUUUCCGCAUUACAAAAUUGGUAUUAUUUCGAAAAUGAUGGUGGUUUAUCGGCCAGUUGGAUUACUUCAUCAACCAUAUUUGAUUUAUGGAUUAUUGCCGUUGCA